AGGAUGCUGAUACAGGUUUGUGUGUAUUUUUACUGCAAGUGCCUGUGGCGCUGUAUGAAAUUUGUGGUGAGGAAACUAACAGGACGGUGUGAGCUACAAAGAAUCUGUUACAAUAACAAGCCAGGAGCCGGCAGAACCAUGAAAAUAGAAUCAUCACUGAGGGAUUCAAAAAGUAAGCUGUUGCAGACUUCAGUAAGUGUUCACCCUGAUGCAAUUGAAAAGACUGUCGAUGACAUCAUGGAACUGAAAAAAAUCAAUCCUGACAUAAAUCCGCAGUUGGGGAUCUCUCUCCAGGCUUGUCUUCUGCAAAUUGUAGGGUAUCGAAACCUCAUUGCAGAGGUUGAAAAGCUGCGUAGAGAGCCAUAUGAUUCAGAUAAUCCCCAGCACGAAGAAAUGCUUUUGAAGUUAUGGAAAUUCUUGAAGCCUGAUACUCCUCUGGAAGCUCGGAUUUCUAAGCAGUGGUGUGAAAUUGGUUUCCAAGGUGAUGAUCCUAAAACAGAUUUUCGAGGGAUGGGACUUCUGGGACUAUAUAAUUUGGAGUAUUUUGCUGAAUGGGAUGUCGUAACAGCUCAACAGGUGCUCUCUGAUUCCCUUCAUCCGAAAUACAGGGAGGUCACUAAAGAAGAAAUAAGCAAAUUCAGCAAAGCAGAAUGGGAAAAGAAAAGGUUGGAUAAAGCAAUUGGGUACUCUUUUGCCAUUGUGGGCAUUAAUAUUACUGACCUGGCCUAUAACCUGCUGGUAAGCGGAGCUCUGAAAACCCAUUUCUACAAUGUUGCACCUGAAGCCCCAACCUUGUCUCACUUCCAGCAAACUUUCUGUUAUUUGAUGCAUGAAUUUCAUAAGUUUUGGAUUGAAGAGGACCCCAUGGAUAUAAUGGAGUUCAAUCGUGUGCGGGAAAAAUUCCGCAAGAGGAUCUUAAAACAGCUGCAGAAUCCAGACAUGGCAUUAUGCCCCCACUUUGCUGCCUCAGAAGGUUUAAUCAAUAUGUAGUCAAUCACUAUUAUUCUACUGGAAAAUACUGGAACACUGCCUCACUUAUUGUGUUAGAGCUCUGCUUAAGUCACAACUCCCAUACUGAAUGAACAUGGCAAUUAUAUGCAUGCUUUUUGGUGCAGUAUUUUUAUCUAUUUUGGUUAUUUUAUGUAUCAGAUCCCCAGAUACAUUUCUGGGAGAUCUGCCAUCAAAUUUGUGCUCAUAUUGUGGCAAUUUGCAGUGUUACAUCUUGACAUCCAAGUAUGAAGAGAGUUUUUUCUAUUUUUUUAGAUUAUUCCUCCCCCCCACCAUAAUUCAUCAUCAAAGAAUUGUAUUUCUCUAUAGCUGUGUUUUGUAUAUGUGAAAUAACUAGCUGAAUCUUGUACUGUGAAAGCCUUUUAACUUAUUGAUUUUUUUUUGACUGCUGCUAUUGGCAUUUCAAGCCAAGUCCAUGCUUGGGCCUCAUUCCAAUGAAGUAUAUCACUUUAACGUAAUGCAGGCAGACACAUGAUAAGCCAAACUCUUCCUCACAAGCUUAGUUGCGCUUCAUGAAAAUGUAAUGAGGCUUACCAGACACAAGCUUUUGUAGGGACUACUCAUUCAAAAGAAGGCAGAAUUCCAUUGUGAAGCCUCCUAGUCAUGAUCCAUGUAGUAGCCAUCUAAAUAUCAAAGUAUCUUACUUCAUAGGCUGAGAGGCCUAAAUCCAUCUGUGAUGCCUGAACACUAACAAAAGAUGUAUCCCUUCCAAAGGAUUUUUCCACUGCCUGACUCCUGUUGACACUUAGACUUAGUCUACAGCUUGGUUCUGAUCUAAACUCCUGGUUUGGGGAACUGAGUGCUGUGUGUGUCAGGAGGGAGUGCACACUAAUAUGUUUGUGGAAAUUGGUGGCAAAGGAGAAACCUAAAAGAUUCCUUUCUGCAGUUUUUGCUUUAAAUUAAAAGUUUAAUCCUUUAUCAUGGGAUGUUACUCAAAAGAGAGGAAAAAACAGAUUCCCAAAUGGACAAUGAUUGAAAGGGGAAAAUAAAAGUAAAA